CCAGCAUUCUUCCAAGAUGUCUACUGUUCACGAAAUUUUAAGCAAGCUCAGCCUUGAAGGAGAUCAUUCUCUGCCACCAAGUGCCUAUGCCACAGUUAAGGCCUACUCCAAUUUCGAUGCUGACCGGGAUGCUGCAGCCCUAGAAACAGCCAUCAAGACCAAAGGUGUGGAUGAGGUCACCAUUGUCAACAUCCUGACUAACCGCAGCAAUGAACAGAGACAGGAUAUUGCCUUUGCCUACCAGAGGAGAACCAAAAAGGAGCUUUGUGCAGCUCUCAAGUCUGCUCUGUCGGGUCACUUGGAGGCAGUGAUCUUGGGCUUGCUGAAGACACCAGCACAGUAUGAUGCCUCUGAAUUGAAAGCUUCCAUGAAGGGCCUGGGAACUGAUGAAGACACACUUAUUGAAAUCAUCUGCUCACGGACAAAUCAGGAGCUCAGUGAAAUUAAUAGAGUCUACAGGGAAAUGUACAAGACAGAACUGGAAAAGGACAUUGUAUCAGACACAUCUGGUGACUUCCGCAAGCUGAUGGUUGCCCUGGCCAAGGGCAAAAGGUGUGAAGAUAACUCUGUGAUUGAUUAUGAGCUGAUUGACCAAGAUGCUCGGGACCUCUAUGAUGCUGGUGUGAAGAGAAAGGGAACUGAUGUCCCCAAGUGGAUCAACAUUAUGACAGAAAGAAGUGUCCCCCACCUGCAGAAAGUGUUUGACAGGUACAAGAGCUACAGCCCAUAUGACAUGCUGGAGAGCAUCAAGAAGGAGGUUAAGGGAGAUCUGGAGAAUGCCUUUCUUAAUCUUGUCCAGUGCAUUCAGAACAAGCAGCUGUACUUUGCAGACAGACUGUAUGAUUCCAUGAAGGGCAAGGGAACCCGGGACAAGGUCCUGAUCAGGAUCAUGGUCUCCCGCUGCGAGGUUGACAUGCUGAAAAUCAAGAGUGAAUUCAAGAGGAAAUACGGGAAAUCUCUCUACUAUUUCAUCCAGCAAGACACAAAAGGGGAUUACCAGAGGGCACU